CAUGAUUCCUGGUAACCGAAUGCUGAUGGUCAUCCUACUAUGCCAAGUCCUGCUAGGAGGUACAAACCAUGCUAGCCUGAUACCCGAGCCCGGCAGGAAGAAAGUUGCAGAGCUUCAGGGACAAGCCGGAUCUGGACGCCGCUCUGCCCAAAGCCAUGAACUCUUGCGGGGUUUCGAAACGACUCUGCUCCAGAUGUUUGGGCUGCGAAGGCGGCCUCAGCCCAGCAAGUCAGCCGUCAUUCCUAGUUACAUGCUGGAUCUCUAUCGGCUCCAGUCUGGAGAAGAGGAGGAAAACCUCCAGGAAAUUAGCCUGCAGUACCCUGAGCGAUCGACCAGCCGGGCGAACACUGUGAGGAGCUUCCACCAUGAAGAGCACCUGGAGAGUGUCCCGGGUCCCAGUGAGGUGCCCUGGAUCCGCUUCGUCUUCAACCUCAGCAGCGUGCCAGAAAACGAGGUGAUCUCGUCGGCGGAGCUGCGGCUGUACCGGGAGCAGGUGGAGGAGCCGAGUGCGGCGUGGGAGAGGGGCUUCCACCGGAUAAACAUUUACGAAGUGAUGAAGCCGCUGUCGGAGCGCGCCCAGGCCAUUACGCGCCUGUUGGACACGCGUCUGGUGCACCACAACGUGACGCGCUGGGAGACCUUUGAUGUGAGCCCGGCCGUGAUCCGGUGGACCAAGGACAAGCAGCCGAACCACGGGCUGGUGAUCGAGGUGACCCACCUCCACCAUGCACAGACUCAUCAGGGCAAACACGUCAGGAUUAGCCGAUCUUUACCUCAAGGGCGCGGGGACUGGGCUCAGCUCAGGCCUCUCCUGGUCACUUUUGGGCACGAUGGGCGAGGCCACGCGCUGACCCGCAGAGCCCGCCGCAGCCCCAAGCACCAGCGUUCCCGCAAGAACAAAAAAAACUGCCGCCGCCACGCGCUCUAUGUGGAUUUCAGCGAUGUGGGUUGGAACGACUGGAUCGUGGCCCCCCCGGGGUACCAGGCGUUUUACUGCCACGGGGACUGCCCCUUCCCUCUGGCCGACCACCUCAACUCCACCAACCACGCCAUCGUGCAGACGCUGGUCAACUCCGUCAACUCCAGCAUCCCCAAGGCCUGCUGCGUGCCCACGGAGCUGAGCGCCAUCUCCAUGCUCUACCUGGAUGAGUAUGACAAGGUGGUCCUGAAAAACUACCAGGAGAUGGUGGUGGAGGGGUGCGGGUGCCGCUGACCCCCUUCCCCACCGCCCUCUCCUCCCCUUCUCUCUCCUUCCCGUCCCACCCCAGAACUGCUUGCUAUAGCUGGACUUUUCUCUAAACUAAACGUUCACCUUGACCUUAUUUAUGACUUUAUGUGCAAAUGUUUUUGACAAUAAUGAUCAUAUAUUUUGACAAAAUAUAUUUAUAACUACAUAUUAAAAGA